AUGGGUUCUCUUGGAGACGAUGGAGAUUGUGAAAUUAAAGCAGGGAGUGAAGACCCAAAUACCAAUUUUGCCUCUUCUCAUACUCCGCCCUUUGAUUCUCAAUUUUUACCCUCUCCAUUUCAUGGUGAAAAAGGUGAGGAUGCCAAUGAGCCGUGCUUUUUACAAAGUACUAUGCCUUUUGAGGAUACUGUUAGAGUUGAAGAUGCAUUUGAGACCCAAGUAGUGAAUCUUGGUGGGGAAACACAAGUGUUGGAUGACCUCGAUUGGCGUGAGAAUUUGGACACGCAAUUGAUAGAUGAGGUCAUUGAUAGUGAUGGUGAAGGAACGGAUAGAACUGAAGUUUUGGAUGAUGGUAAUGAGCUCUCUGGUGAUGAAUGUGGAAGAAGAGGCAAAUGUGAAUCAUUGGAUUGGGAGAAGAUUCAAGACACUUCUCUUUCUAAACACGGUGAGAAGGGAUUGGUGGAGCAAUCUGAUGCUUCGACAGAUAAACAGCAUUUAUCAGGAUCUGUUCCCAAGUUUGCUUCAGUUCGUAUAGAGUCACUGCGGGCCUCUGGUCUAGCAGCAGCUAGCAGAACUGCUUCAAAGGGAACCAAGAACAGUGACUCUUGUUCUCUUCCGACUGAUGGUCAGAUUUCAGAACAAUUUACUGUCAACAAUAAUGGGUCAAAAACAAAAAUUCCAGAGGAAGUUGAUAGGGGACGUGAUACUGGGAGAGUUGAUGAUGAAGUGAAGGGAUAUAGCAAUGGAAACAGGUACAAUGUUGGUUGUUCUACAGUGAGAAAACUGUUCACUGAGAAUUUCUUUAUUGGAACCAAAGGACAUUCUGCAGGAGGCAAAGAAGUGCCCAUUUGUGAUGAUGGGGUGGUGGGGUUAAGCUAUAUUGACUCCCAAGAACCAGGAGAUUUGUCACAAGCAAAUGCACUUGCAUGCGUGCAAAAGUUGAUUGAAGAGAACAAGGUGUUGUUUGACAAUGAAGUUGACCUGGGGAAAAUUGAUAAGAGAAAAUCAAGUCACAUUUCAGCUGCAAAAGGGGCACAAAGUUUAGCCAAGAAAACGAUAGAUAGAGGCACCAAGGGAAGAAACAGGGUUUUUGACUGGGAUGAUCUACUUGAGGAUGAGGGAGGAGGAGAUGUUUUCUGCAGAAGAAAGGAAGAAUUUUUUGGUACUGAAAACCUUGGGCAGAGAUCCUUUAUGAAAUCCCGAAAAUCCAAAGGAAAUCAACUGGGUGUAUGCAGGGACAACGAAGGAAAAUCAAAUGUCCAGAAUGUAAUACUGGUUCACUCUGAGUCAAAAAUAGAUUUGCAUAAUCUAAGAGCUAAUAAGAGGAUGAUGCAAGAAACUGAAAUGAAUGUUAGUAGGAGUCUUUUUAAUGAGUUUGAUGAACAAUCUGAACUGGAUACAUCAGCAGGACAGUUGGAAGCUCUUACUAGGAAGGAGGUCCCAGAAAUGCUAGAUAUAGGUUUGGACACCCAAAUGGCUGCUGAGGCUAUGGAAGCCUUAUUCCAUGGGGAGGGCAUUGCUUAUGAUGCAACUAAUGAUGGCCAGCAGGUUCUGGCAGUUAAUUGCAAGGAUCUUACGGAAGGAUCACUGAGAAGUAAAGCUAAAAAGAGCAUCUGUUCAAAAAACCAUUCUUUUAGCAACAAUGAGGAUAUUGGAGUUGCCACACAUCAAUUGAAGAAAACAUUGAAGAUCAGUGCUAAAUUAGGUAAACAAUCUUUAACUCCAUCACAAAAAUGUCCUGAAAAUGUCAGGAAGGAGCGUGAUACAGAUGUAGUAAUGACUAGAAGUACGAGGGCUAGGUCAGAUGCUGGACUUGGUAAAUCGGAUAGGAGUCAUGGAACUGCUUCAAGGGGAAGCACUAAAUCAGGUAAACAAUCUUUAGUUUCUUCUCGAAAUUAUCCAGAAAAUGUCAGGAAGGACUGUGAUACAGAUGUUGCAAUGACAAGAACUAAGAGGACUAGGUCAGAUGCUGCACCUGAUGAGUUGGAUAGAUGCCAUGGAACUGCUUCAAGUGGUCAUCGCUCAGUUAAGAAACAAGACUUACCAGAGGAGCUUGGUACUUUAACACCAGUUGCUCACAGGACCAGGCAGUCAUUGGCACUUUCUCAAUUAAAAAGUACUGAGAAUGUGUCCACUGAUUAUAGAGAAGAAACCAGCAGUCUGGUCGAGUUGGGUGGUCUUGAGCAGAAUAAAGCUGGUGUGGUGGAUGUUGAGACAUCUAAAGUGUUGAAUGCUAAAGGGAACUCUUCAGGAUUGGGUUCUAGUCAAUCUGGAGAACCUAAAACUUCUAAAUCAAGAUUGGUUGCUCCAGACAAUUACAUCAGUUUUCCCAGAAGAAAAAGAUCUCGUCAAAACUUGUCAGGUCAGCUUGAUGAACCUCAGAACUUACAUGCUCAAUCCAAACCAUCUUGUCAACCAGGAAAUAUUGCAAAAUCUGUGAGUGGGUGCAGAAGGUCACGGAUAAAGGCUAGAAUUACUAGUACUGAUUUAAACAUGAAGAGGAAAACGAGAUCAUCCUUAUCUGUUUGCCCAGAUUUGUCAACUCGACAUGUUCCUAAACCAGGCAUGGAUGGCGCUGCCCACAAUGGCAAUUCUGCUGAUAUGAAUGGGAAGAUGAUGUCUAACAAUCUAAUGGGAGUGGAUGCAAUAAAAUCCUCAGAUAGAAGAAGUAAUGCAUUUUCCUCACCAUCUGCUGAAAAUGAAGUGAAUUUGCCAAGUUCAGAUAAUUUGUCGAGGAAGAAAACAAAAUCUCAUGAAUCAGCAUGUACUUCUCCUGGUAUCUGUAUGACACCAGUGAGUGCUGCAUCACCUGUCUGUAUGGGUUCUGGAUAUAAGCAAUCAUGCAGGAAGAACCUGUCAAGAUCAUGCCUUGUGAAAGAAGUGAGUCAACUAUGUGCUGCAUGGCCAGGACCUAUUUCUGAACCAAAAGAUACGAGGAAGAGAAGAGAUUUGUCUGAUGUUCGAGUCCUUUUCAGCCAUCACCUGGAUGAGGAUAUAAUUAAGCAGCAGAGAAAGAUAGCAGAUCGGCUUAAAGUUCCCAUAGCAUCCUCCAUGACAGAUGCAACACACUUUGUCACUGAUAAAUUUGUGCGUACAAGGAAUAUGUUGGAAGCUAUUGCUUUUGGAAAACCAGUGGUCACACAUUUAUGGCUUGAGAAUAUUGGACAAGUUAACUAUUACAUUGAUGAGCAAAAGUACAUAGUAAGAGACUCGAAAAAGGAAAAGGAGUUUGGCUUUAACCUGGCAGUUUCAUUGGCUCAUGCACGCCAGCAUCCGCUUUUAAAUGGUCGAACAGUUUUGAUCACUCCUAUGACAAAGCCGGGUAAAGAAAUAAUUUCCAGUUUGGUCAAAGCAGUUCAUGGCCAGGCAGUGGAGCGAGUAGGCAGAUCUACUCUAAAGGAUGUAGUCCCAGAUGAUCUGUUGAUUUUGUCUUGCGAAGAAGACUAUGAAGUCUGUAUACCUUUCCUUGAAAAAGGGGCUGCUGUCUACAGUUCAGAGCUGCUGCUGAAUGGAAUUGUCACUCAGAAGUUGGAAUAUGAAAGACUGGCAUUUCUUGAUGACAGGCAUCGACUCUUUGCAGACCAUGUCAAGAGAACUCGUUCCACAAUAUGGAUGAAAAAAGAUGGCCACAAUUUCGUUCCCGUGACAAAGCGUAGAUAG